GAAAGCGGAGACACGGCGCUGACGGAGGCGGCUGCAACCACUCUAUGAAAAACAGGAAUUUUCAACAUGGAAGCCAAGCGAGUGGUCGGCGCCUCUAGCUUCCCUGUAGUCGGCUUCGCUCAGAUUCCGCCUGGCUUGGACUCACUUUAUUCAGCAUGUCUACAAAUAUACAGCGAUCAGCCAAAUCCCUUGCAGGUUGCAGCAGUCCUGAAGUACUGGCUGGGUGGACCAGACCCACUCGACUAUAUCAGCAUGUACGCUAACCAAGGGGAUGAAAGCAAAGAUAUUCCCCCGCACUGGCACUACGUUAGCUUCGGACUGUCGGACCUUCACGGAGAUGGCAGGGUUCACGAGAUCUCAAGUGCAGACACACCAAGUGGCUUUGGUUUCGAGCUGACAUUCCGGCUGCGUAAGGAACCCGACGAGACAGGGCCGCCGACUUGGCCUGCGGCCGUGAUGCAGGGUCUGGCUAAGUACGUCUUCCAGUCUGGGAACGUACUGUGCGAUGGCGAUCACGUCUCCUGGCAUUGCCCGCUGGACAACAGCGAGUCGCGGAUCGAACACAUGCUCAUGAUGGAGGACCCGCAGCUGGGCACGGUGGCGACUCCGUUUGGGCCCGUCAGCUUUAUUCAAAUUAUCGGCGUGUGCGCUGAGGAACUCAAGGCGGCCCAGCAGUGGAACGGCCGCAGCUUUGUGGCACUCAUGCAGCGUGUACCGGGCGCAGGCGGGCCAUGGCUCGUGACGAACAUGCGCCGAGGAGAGACGGUGUUUGAGCUCGACCCCAGUAUCCAGGAUGCUGUAGACCAGGGAAUCGAAAGCGAAGGGUCCGACCUGAGUGGCGUCAGUGCCAAGCUCUGCUGGUCAGAGGAGUUCCCCCCUGUUGUGCAAAGUGCCAAGGAGUCCGGGAGCAACACCUCUGUUGACACACCCAGCAUAUCGCAUUAUGAAUCCGAAGAAAUCAAGCGGACUCUCAAAAAGGGCCUGCUGGGCAGUCAACCAAGCAGUGAAACAGAGGACAAUGGCCUGGAAACGCAAGAGUUGGCUCAAACUCGAGCUUUGGAAGCAGUUCACUUGCAGCUGAAUUUGGAAGCGGGACUGCUGUUUCCCUUAGUCUUGAGGGGAAGAUUAAAACAUGGCCGUCAUUUUACAUUCAAGAGUUCAGUUGACAGCGCUGCUGUGACACUCGUCGUUCCCAGUGUUAUUGGUGCCUUUGCAAAUGCAGAACAACCAUAUGCAGUGCAGGGCUCUUGGUUGCAGAUUCUGCUCACAGAAGACCUUAUUUCGGAGAUGACUGUAAGCAUGGAAGAGUUAUGCACCGCCGAAGGUCUGACACUGCCCAAAACAUACACAUGGCCCCAACGAAAGAUGGCCAUUACACUUUUGCCGGAAGAGCUGUGACCAAGCUGCAUUAUUUAUUAUGAUGUGCAUGAACUUAGAGACAUUAGCAUGAAAAUCCAUGCUCUCAAAAAGUGCCUUCACAACUUGUGCAAUUGUGGUGCCCUGGAUGACCGCAUUAUGCAGCAAAUGUGUAUGAACUGUAUAGAGACUCCUAGCAUAAUGUGCUUCUCUCAAAAAGUGUCUUAGCAAUUUGUGCCACUUGUUAAAUUUGUGUGAAUAUGGUGUUGCUUCUUUAAGAGGAUUGCAGCUGGCAUUUACAAUGUAGCACGCAAAUAACCACAAUGCAAUUGUUUUUGUUUUGUGGUUCUUGUAGCGUGUCAUUAUGCUCCCACACUGGCUUCCUUGACAUGCAGCUGUGCUCAGAUGUGUACAUUUGUUUAUAUGACGCUGUGAUUGAAAACUGCAUGUUGACUAGGAUGACGUCACUCACCCAGUGCUUGGCAGUAGCUGCCAAUAAAUGGCACAGUUCUCGAUGUGCAAGCAGAAGCAUCCUGUUGGAAGAACUUCAAAUGCCUGGAAUACUCGCACCAAACAGGUGGAAAUGGACACUGCCGCAGGAAAGACAGGUGGCCUUUUAUUUUCACAAAAUGCUCACAGCGUUGCCUUUGUUUACGGGUGUCAUCCAUUGUGGCAGGUUACUCCACCACCGCAAUUUUUGUAAAUCCAGUGUCUUUAUUAAAUAAAAUGUCGGAGGCACAUGA